AUGUCAACGACAACUUGUGAAGGACGGUACCUCGACAUAGAGCAAAUUGUUAAAAAAUCUCAGUCAACGCCGCUUCGCGGGAUCGUUAGCUUCUUAGAUUAUUGUAGGUUGUUGAUAAUGUUAUCGUUGUUAGUGCUUAUGUGUUGUGCUUUAUGUGGCAGUGAGGAGGACUUAGGAUAUAGUCUUAGUAUUGGAAACGCUAUUGAUGUGUUUGCGAAUUAUGGUGACCUUUCCCAAGUCACGCAAGUAGUUUCAGCCGACUACGAAGAUGAGAAUUAUGAACCAGCAGAACCAUUUAGGGAGAAGAAUAUACGGGUGUUUGAAAACGUCAGUAGUAUCAUCACACCUGGCGAUACAAUGGUAAACAUGAACCUCCAUCUCUGUGAAACAUUCGACGAUCUUCUUCAAGUCUACUUCAAACACUUCCAAAUAGAAGGUACAGACGUUCCGUGGAAAGCAUUUUUAGGCGAUUGGAUUCCAGGUGAAAUUAUGCGAGCGUUCGGCAUAGAGUACGACCCGCGGUCUGAUAACUGCUGCUACGUUCUCGUCACAUUGUCUAAAAUUAAAAGUUCCGUACGAAUAAACACAGAAAGGACAAUUAAAGUGAAGGAUUAUGUGUUUCGGGCGAUUGAGCAACUCAACGCAACUGAUGCGACUGAUUUGAGACGGUUUAUGAAGAGUUAUGGCACGCAUUACAUCGACUCAUAUAUAACAGGAAAUUUUAUUUAUCAAGUUUUUAAAUAUAAACGAAAUGGUUACAACACACUUAAGAAUUUCAUAAGAUUACGAGAACGAAGAAGAUCGAAUUCGGAUCUAAGGUUCUACUUCUCAUCAAUUUUUCUCAGACAAGUUGGGGAUAUUAGGAUUGCAAGUGGCAACAAGACAGUAGAGAAGUGGGCCCGAAAGAACUUGAGAGACAGCCAAUAUUUAUUCUCCCGACCGAGUCUUCUGAGGCUUCAUUACAACCGUAAUUUAGCAUUUAAGCUCAACGAAAUGAUGGAUAACGGCGCGUUACUGAGUCUUAAUUUAAAAACACUCAAACCCCUAUUUAAAGAUACAUCUAUGGGUGAUAGAUUCGUUGAAAUAGUUGAAAAUGACUUGAAGUUAUGGGAAGUAAAUGCGUAAUAAAUAUGAGGAAUAGAAAAAAACACAAACGUAUUCCUUACCUGCAAGUAUAGGCGUAGUACAGCAGACUCUACGCACAUUUUAACUUCUAUGAACUAGAUCAUUAUUAAAGCUAAUAUCUUAUAAGGGUAAUUAAAAAAUUUAAGGUAUAUAACAUGAAAGUACAAAAUAAGAACCUACGAAUUAGCUAUGUUUUGCAGUUAAUGAUUAUAUAUACUUACAUAUACGUAUUUCCUAUGUUUAGCAUAAUUGUAGGUAUAUUUUACAAGGACGAUGAUGAUAAAAAACUACUUAUUAAUUUAUUUUUGUAUAAGCCAUGCUAAAAAAUAGCUAAUUAUAUCUAAACAUUCCUUAAAUAUAUUAAUCUAUAAUGUGAGAUAAUUUAACGAAUGACUAUGAGUACUGCUGUCAAUAUUGUAAAUAUGGCGUCUUAAUCUAGUUAUUUUAAAACUUACCAUUUUAGUUAUGUACUUAAUAUUUUAUACUUAUAUUUGGCUUGGCCAGCCUUACCAUUGUAUCAUAUAAGAUCUAUUUUGUAUGACCCUAUAUGUCGAAUUAUUGCAUUGGCCCUAUAAAACGUUAGCUCAGCUCUUAUUGACCCAGAGUCGAAGCGAAGCGAAGCCUCAUGUCUUUUAACUAUAACCGCGCCGCGCGCCAUUAUGAUAAGUCUAGAACCAGUUUUGUAUAUUCAUGUAUAGUGCUCUCUCAACAGUAAACAAUUAUACUAUUUUUCUUCUUCUGGAUGCCAAUGUGUUUUAGGGGUGAGAUUCAGAAUCGAAAUACGGAAACUUCUAGCUCAAACUCAAACCCGGUUCAUGUAUUGAGCCGUGACUUUAAAGGAUGUAGAAAAAUUAAUUAUUUCAAAAUAAAACCACAUACUCACAUCAA